CUUUCAUUCGUUUGCAUAUAUAUUUUGAACGUGUAUCCUCUAAUGGAAAUGCCGAAAGGGGUAAAACGCCUUCCGAAUCCCGUCUGGACGCCGUUUGACACGAAUGUCAGCCCGCUGUACGAGAUUUUGUACUUUCUUCUGGUUUGCAGUCAAGUGUUGACGGUGUUCGGCAAUGGGUAUUACGAUUUUGCGUACGGUUCUGCGACACAGCACCUCUGUGCUCAGCUGCUGUUGUUGAAGGAACAACUGAAGAAUAUAACCGUUGGAAUAAUGCCUCACGCUUCCGACUUGGAAAAAUUUCAUUCUGGAUAUUUUCAGAAACGAGUCAUGGAGAGACUGAAGAUCUGUGUCAGGCAUCAUUGUAGAUUAUUAAAAUAUGGUAAAAAUCUUGACAAAUAUUCAUCAAGCAUUCUGCUACUUCAGUUGCUAAUGAGCUAUCUGGCAAUGGUUAUUAAUGGAUAUAUUCUAACUUCUAAUAAAGCUGACACUCUCCAAACUGUUGAGAUAUGUUCUUAUACAAUGACCAUUUUUACUGAGUUCGUAGUUUUUUCAGUUCAAGCUUCUGACUUAAAAGAUCAGAGUAUCACUGUGGUUGAUGCUGUAGCUCUGUCUGAAUGGUAUUUAUUUAAAGCUCCUAUCAAGAAGGCUCUUGCUCUCCUUACAAUGAACGCCGAAAAAAGUAUCGUCAUCACUGUUGGAGGAAUGCUUGAAGCAGACAAUUCUCUUAUUAUUGAGGUUGUACUGAAAGCUUUCUCGGCGAUUACACUACUGAAGGCACUAACAAUCGAAGAAGGGUAGUGAAUUGUCGCAACACCAUCG